AGGCCUGCAGGUGUGUCCCCCGCUUCUCAGCUGUGAGCGGACGCAUCCAUACGAACCGGCAGCGCGUUAAGAUGGCUGGCUAUGCCGCUGCUCCCAACGCCUCGCAGACCCUUCAGGAGGAAGCGGUGUGUGCCGUCUGCCUGGAUUACUUCAAGGAUCCCGUAUCCAUCGGCUGCGGGCAUAACUUCUGCCGAGGGAGUGUGACGCAGCUGUGGGGCAAGGAAGAUGAUAAGGAAGUCAGGGACGAAGAGGAAGGUGAAUGGGAGGAGGACGGCGAGGCGGUGGGGGCCAUCGGUGGAUGUGGCAACUCCAUUCGAGAGGUUUUAUACCAGGGGAAUGCUGACGAGGAGUUGUGCCAGGACCAAGAGGAUGAUGAACUCUGGGACGGUGACGGUGGCGUAAGGGAUUGGGACAACGUGGAUUAUGUGUGGGACCAGGAGGAAGAAGAGGAGGAUACGGACCAUUACCUAGGAGGCGUGAGACAUGACCUGAGAACUGACGUCUACCCAGAAGAGGAGAUAUUGGAAGAACACGAUGAGGACGACCAAGAGCUGUAUCCGGACACUCACCUGCCUCCUCCCCCGGCCCCUCCACGGCAGUUCAUCUGCCCCCAAUGCCAAAAGAGCUUUACGCGUCGCAGCUUUCGUCUCAACUUGCAGCUGGCCAACACGGUCCAGAUAAUUCGCCAGAUGUGCCCCACUCCUAAUCGAGGGAGCCAGGGGAAUGAUCAGGGCAUCUGCUCCAAACACCAAGAAGCUCUGAAACUAUUCUGUGAGGUGGACAAAGAGGCCGUCUGUGUGGUGUGUCGAGAAUCCAGGAGCCAAAAACAGCACAGCGUGGUGCCGACGGAGGAAGUGGUUCAUGAGUACCAGGUGAGCGGCAUGAGGGAAUGUGGGGAUUUGAAGGGAGUGGAGGAGAAACCAGGGGAGCUGGGGACUUGGCAGUUGAGCCUCUUCUUCUGUGACAGAUGGGGCACAGGGUGGAGACAGAUGGGUAUAUGUGGACGAAGGAGACAUUGGCUGCGGCUGACUGGCUUCUCCAGAGGAAACUGA